AUGGUACAUACACCGAAGGAAGAAAUCGACAGUAACCCAAUCGGUCACGCAAAUCCUAUUUUUAAUCAAAAUCGGGUGGUUGGAGAUAUUGGGCAUCACCCUGUACCAUAUUUUGAAAAAGAUAUUACGAAGGAUAAAAGACGGGAUUCGUGUGACGUUCAAUAUUGUCCUCAACAUACGAGUGCGAAAGAAAAAUCUUCCAGUUCUGGAUCAAGCAGGAAGAGUUCUAGUCAGUCAUUAAAAAAGCCAGACUGUGACGGUAUUCACGGGUGCGGUACACCAAGUGAGAUAAGUCAUAAGUCGAAUCAAGAUGAUAUAAGACCCGAUAAGUUACAGCCCAUAAAGGAUGCCUGGAGUAACAAAAUGAAGAAUAACAGCAAUCACCAUACCGGCCGCAACCGUCAUAGCUUAGAAUCCUACGAGAAGACACCACUUGCUCAAGGGAAACUACGCCAAAGCUCGCCCAAUGAAUCUCAGCAGUUGUCACGACGUUCGACUAAAGACGAUUCAUCAAAUAUUAAACACAAGAAUUGCGUGUCUUGUAAUGGGAUAAAAAUGCCACAAGAUAUGAAACAAAAGGAGGACUACAAAUUUGCUUUUAAAGCCGGUAAUCCUAAUUCAGUGCAUAGCGUGACUGGUUCCACUGAUUCAAAAGGAGUAAAGAUGCCAAAAAUGCGACAUCCUUACACCAAGAAAUCAUAUACAAUACCGACGUUGGCCCCUCCUUUCAGUAUUUGGCGGGACGCGAACGCAAGUGGUUAUCCCGAACACUGGCGUUUGGCAAGCGUUUAUCAGCACGCUUACAAACCACCUGAACAAAGGCGAAAGCCAUUAAUUGAAAGUGUUUAUCAAUGA